AUGACGUACGAAGCACAGAUAUCGUUUACCUUGGACACCAUUUGCCCGUGGACGUAUCUGGCCAAACGACGGUACGCCCUCCGUCGAUUCCGAGAAAGUGACGAGGCAAAGGACGUGAAUUUUGUCGUAAAGUACUUUCCCUACCAGCUCAACCCCGAUGCGACCAGCGAGGGCGAGGACAAGUAUGAUUGGUAUAAGAAAUCCCGCUAUGGCGAUUCCGAGGAGAAGAUGAAGAUGUAUAUGACAUUGAUGACCGCAUAUGGCGUCUCGGCGGGCAUCAAUUUCAAGUUCGGCGGCACGGUCGCCAACACAAUGGACGCGCAUCGUGUGAUCCAGCACUUCCAGGAAGAAAAGGGUCCCGAAACGGCCGACAAAAUCAUCAACUCGCUCUAUUCGCAAUAUUUCGAGAACGAGAAACACCCGUCUUCCGACGAGACAUUGCUCCAAGCCACCGCCGACGCCGGCAUUCCCGAAUCCGAAGCCCGUCCGUUCAUCCAAGACAAGACCGACGGCAUAAGGGAUGUCCAAAAUAUGGUCCGUCAGCAGGCAGGCAACGGGGUGGAUUCCGUUCCCACGAUUAUGAUUGAGGGGAAACGGAGGGAUAUCACCCUCGUCGGUGCGAAGGAGGUCGAGGAAUACGAGAAGGCGUUGAGGCAGAUUGUCAAAGAGAGCAAGUAA